AUGAUAGCUGAAGAAACAAAGAAACGUCACAUUGACACUAUUGGCGAGAUCGAUUCAUAUCAGAUAUCUCCAAGUAAAAUAGAUAAAGGAAUACCUAAUAAGAAGGUUAAACUCGAUACCGGAAAGGAGAAGGAGGUUGGUCCCUUAGAGCCGGAUUUUGCUGAUAUUAGUAGAGUUACAAUCGAAACAAAGUCUCCCGAUAAAGAGACCUCAAAGAAACCUUCCAGAGAAAAUGCGACCAGCAAUCAUAAUGAUAAGAAUACCAAAGGGAUAAAAAGGAAUAAUAUAUCGGUGGAGUUUAUCAGUAAAAGGAAUAACUACUCAGAUAACAUUAAGGAGUAUAACAUUGAGAAAAAUAUCGAUGAAGACCAAUACAGGAGAAGGAAUAGUAUUAUUGAAGGCGAGGAUAAAUUAAUAAAUCAAUGGCAUAAGCUUCAGAAGAUUGCUUUCGAGAAGACAGGAGACGCAAAGAUAUAUAAGCCUGGAGAUGACCCACGAGAUUUCAAUGUCCUAUGGAGAGGUUAUGUUAAAGUUCUGAACAAAGCUUGUAAGAAGAUCAAGAUCUAUGGAGAGAAAAAGGACAAUGAUAGUGGUGAUGUUGAGCCCAAGAUUGAAACUCAAAAUGAAAAAGAACCUGAUUUACAGGAGGAUCCUGAAUUGGAAAUUUUCGAUGAAAUGACCACAGAGGAGAAAAUUAUGAAAUUAAAUAUUUUCCUGAGAUCAGAGAUAUAUUUUUGUUGUUUCUGUGGGGUAAAGUAUAAAAAUGAACAAGAAUUAUAUGAACACUGUCCAGGUAUAAAACAGGAAGAUCACGAAUAA